CCAAACCUGAAACAUCUGUGGAUAUUGCUACACUCGUGUGUGUGCGUGUGCGUGUGCGUGUGUGUGUGUAUGUGUGUGUGCAGAGGGGGGGAUCUCAAGCUGGGAAAUCCGGAAAAUAUACAAGGAGAAGAGAGAAGUGGGGCUUCUGCAGGUCUGGAAGCGAUGAGUAAGAAGAAAAGAGGGUAAAGGAAUCAAGGCUAGUGGACACCUGUACCAUACAACCGGGGACAUAAAUUUGUUUUCCAUCCUCAUCUGGGGCUCCUUCUCUUCCAAUCCCCCAACAAUCUCUAGCCCAGGGGCGUAGAAAGAAGAGGAGAUCGACCCUGCCAGGCGCUAGCCAGGGCAAGCAGUGAAGGAGUUAAGGCAGGAUUGGGGGAAGGCCGACCGGCAGAAAGGAGCAUGUGCAGUCUGCAACCGCAUCCAUACUAUGGGUGAGUGCCACUGGUACAUUGAAAUCUUCAGCCACGGCCGCAAUUGCCCUCUCGCUCUGCAGGCAUCUUCCUAAGCAGGAGAAGACAAUGCGGGUCUGAGUGGCAGAACAGAGAGGCGCAGACCAGUUACGACCAAUGCGAGCCAGUGCGCGCCCCGGAGAGGCUGCCGUGGGGGUGGGGAGCAGGCGGAGGAGGCGAGCGCUCCAGCCCCGGGAGGAGGAGGACGCACAGGGGAGCUGAGAGCUCGCUCCUGGGCAGCACCUGCAGCGGACGGCUGGCCCGGCGGGCCCCGUAGCCCCGCGCCAGUGGUCUCGGUCUCUGGUCCCCGCACUGGAAAAAUCAAAAGGAUGAAGUAGGUCUGUUGUCUGUCCUGAUGGUCGUACUAGGUUGGGUCAGCUGCCCAUAGAGCUGGACAGAUUCUCCGUAUGAAAAACGAACUGGACCCAGAAAUGAAUAGAAAGAGCAGAGUUAGCACCAGAACUGGGAAAAGCAGCCAAGCCCUGUCUCACAUGAAAAGGAUGAUCAGGACAGCUCAGCUGCUGCCUAAUGGACUAUCUGCAUGAGAGAUUAUUGACGAAGAACAGAGAACUGAAAACGACGUAGUUUCCAUCAAUCAAGGAAUAGCUGAAUAAAUUGUGGCAUGUGAAUGUAAUAGAAUAUUAUUAUGCAGUUAGAAAUGUAGAUGAAUAUAAAGAGUUAGGGAAGAUUUAUAUGAACUGGUGCAGAGUGAAGUAAGCAGAUCCAGAAAAAAGUAUGCACAAUGACUACAAUAAUGUAAAUGAAGAGAACACCAAAAAGAAGCCAAACUGAGUGAUUUUAAUGAUGGGCUUUGGUCCUGAAGAACAGAUGAAAUAUAUCUCCCUUUUCAGCAGAGAGAGACACAUGGAGCCCAGACACCUGCAAUAACCAAGGAACUUCUGAGUCCUGGGGCUGAUGCUUGCCCGUUCUGCUGAGGAUGGCACCACGCCCCAGUUUCCCACUAGGAAGAAGACUGACCCGAGACACUCCUGGACAGUGAUCCUGAUGUCUCUUCUGUGCAGAGCAUUCAACUGUAAGAUAACAUUUGGGCUGGGGACUGUGAGGAGGCACCAUGGCCUCUGCGGAGCCCCUGACGGCACUGUCUCGCUGGUACCUCUAUGCCAUCCAUGGCUACUUCUGUGAGGUGAUGUUCACGGCCGCCUGGGAGUUUGUGGUGAACUUUAAUUGGAAAUUUCCGGGUGUCACCAGUGUCUGGGCCCUCUUCAUCUACGGCACCUCAAUACUCAUUGUGGAGAAGAUGUACCUGCGCCUGCGGGGCCGUUGCCACAUCCUGGUCCGUUGCCUCAUCUACACCCUCUGGACAUACCUAUGGGAGUUCACCACGGGCUAUAUCCUUCGCCAGUUUAAUGCCUGCCCCUGGGACUACUCCCAAUUUGACUUUGACUUCAUGGGUCUCAUCACCCUGGAGUAUGCUGUGCCCUGGUUCUGUGGCGCCCUCAUCAUGGAGCAGUUUAUCAUCCGCAACACCCUCCGUCUUCGCUUUGAACAGCAUGCUGAGCCUAGCGGACCUACUGCCUCACUGGCUCUGGCUAACGGCCAUGUCAAGACAGACUGAGGAGUGGACCCGUGCAUGGACAGUGGCCCUGGGGCUUUCUUGAUCAACCCGUGAACAAAAACCAAGUGGGAGCAGCUGCUCUUCCUUAUCACACACAGCUUCUCCCUUCUAUGCUCACUGUAUCAGUACAUACACACACACACACACACACACACACACACACACACACACACACACACACAUCUGCACCCACACACCAUCACCAUCCUCACCAGAAUAGUGUGUGUGUGUGUGUGUGUGUGUGUGUGUGUGUAUGUAUGUUAGAGGUGAAGGGGAACACAGCUACAUGGGGAUGGGGGUGGGGGCCACAUAUGUGAAUAACUCCCUAACUCAGAAGAGAACAGCAGAAUUCCUGAGACUGAUUACAGCACCCCAAUCCACUGACCAUCUUGGGCCUCCCACACCCGCCUCUUCUCGGGCCCUUUCCUCCCACACCCACCACUGCCCUUUGGUCUGGGUGAAGUUAGCAGUUGGCUUGUUCCAUUAGGCAAUAUUCAGGUGCUUGCUUGCAACCAAUACCUCCCACGGGGCCCAAGGAGCGGAAGGACUAGAAGGAACGUGGCCGUGGCUCACUUGCCAUGCGUGCACGGGAGGUGGAGGCAGAGGCCCUACCUGCUGCCCCCUUCCCUGUAGCCCCGAAGCUGCUUUCUUGGUGUUUUCUGGGGCACUCUGGUGCUGGAUCCCCACUAAACUUGGACUUUUGAAGGACUUAAUCCUCAAGUGCUCCGUGGAGUUUCCCCCGUUUUUCCCCUCCGCCCUCUUUUAUUUUUGAACUAAGGGCAACCUGCCUUUCUUGUCUCCUCCCCUCACAAGCCAACACAAAAAUUCCCAGAGAUAGAAACCUGAGAAAUCUUCUCCACCUGCCCUUACCCCUUCCCAUCUUUGUUUUUUGCUCAUUUGCUGUAUGUCCAGGGGAGACCACACAAGCAGCAUCUUCCCUCCCAAAUCGUCUACUGUGAAAGCAUCUGGCACCAUGGCCACUGGGCUUGUGACAGUGUUUCCUGGUGCUGGCCCCCUUCUCCCUUCUCAUAACCACCUCUCUAACAACCCAUUGAACCCAUGUGAGAAUUGGACCCAGUAGGGCUUGAGGAGGUAGUAUCUUGUGACCUGGAAAAAUUUCUGAGAGGUUUCCCAAAUAAAGAUUAUGGGGAGAGGGUGGGGGAAGGGGCAGAGUUGGAGGGUGGGAUCUAAAAGGUGAAGGAUGCUUAUAAAAUAUUUGGGCCAUGAUUGAGUUGAAAAUGAACCAAUUGGUUAGUGGGGUGUGUGUGUGUGUGUGUGUGUGUGUGUGUGUGUGUGUGUGUGUGUGUGUGUGUGAGAGAGAGAGAGAGAGAGAGAGAGAGAGAGAGAGAGAGAGAGAGAGAUUGAUUCUGCUUAAGGAAACCAGAGUUUGAGAGAGGUAAUAUUUUAGGCGUAGGGGAUGCUUUAGAAUGUUCAAAUGGGAACAGGCUCAGAACCUGGUGCUGGUCUUCAUUUAUCACAGCCCCCAACUCCAUGUUGCCUUCUCAGGGCUCCCAUUCCUAGCCCUCUUGUUUCCACAAACAGGGCUCUCUCUGUGAACUCACUCCUUAUUCAGUAUCAUCGCACUCUUUGGAGGCAUGGUUUUAGUCCCCCAGCCCCACCCCAGUCGCCCUCCCACUCCUGUGAAGUGUCCAUUGCUGGCAGUGGACAGGUGAAUGCCUCACCCUAGCUCACUUCCAGCACUCCCAACCAGCACAAAGGAGUUAAUUAGCCCUACUAUGCCCUGUGGUACAGUGUUUCCUGACUAUUCCAGGACACUUAGGUAGAAAUUAGCAUCAUCCCUUUUUAUAAAUCAUUAAAAAUGCCGAGGCUACCAACUGUAGAAAGAAACUCCUCUUCCUUGCUGUCCUGCUCAGUUUGUACAGACAGCAUCGCUCACAGGUGGGAACAG